AUGAAUGUAUAAAAUUCGAGUUCCAUAGAUAUAAAUUGUUCUGAAGAGAAGAAAGAGGAUAUUAAUGAAGUAAUUGUUAUGAUGAACAAUCAAUAUCUUAAAGUAAGGAGACCUAAUGAAGAUAAUAUUUUAGAUUAUCUAAAUUAUGAUUAGCAAAAUAAUAAAGAGAAAUUGACAUCUAAAGAUAAUACUUUAAAUUUAGAAUCACCUUAAUAAGCUCUACUCUUAUAAAGAAAUGAAAAUUAAUCAUAUUUUGAAUUCCAAAAUUCACCAUAAAAAACAUUUAAUUCAAUCCUUCUUAAAUUAAAGAAUGAAGAGAAAGCUGAUGAGAAUUUAAAUGAAUUUUAAUUGAAAUAUUAGAUGAUUUUAAAUGAUUUAUGUUUUAAUUACUCCCCAUUGGAUAAAUAACUAAUAUAUAAAAAGCUAAGAAAUAUAAUCUAAAAAUUAUCUAUUAUAUAUGAAAUCUUUUACUUUGUAAUCGGAUUCUUAUUUAUUUUUGAAUGUACAAUUACUAUUGCUUUUGGAACCAAAUAGAUAUUCAACAUUUCAUUUUAUAUUAUCUAAUAUUGUCUUAUGUUUGUAGAAUCAAUAUUAUUAUUUAAAGAACAAACUAAAAUAAAUAGUAUUUAUGAAUUAGCAUUUCAUGUAUCAUAAUUUGUAUUAAUCAUUUUAAAUAAUUUGAUAGAGUUUUAAUAUCUAUGCAUCGUACUUUUAGGACAUUUAUAUUUUUCAAUAAAGAAAUACAAAAUAAUAAAAUAGAAAUAUUCUUUACACAUAAAAAAUAUCUCAAAAUUAGAGAUUAUUAUUUUUUACAUUCUUUUCAUCCAUAUUUCAGCUUUGAUUUUUUAUAUUAUCUCAAAGAGUCAAGCAGAUCCAUGGAUUGAAGAUCUUAAUGAAAAUGAAGAUUGGAGUAAUAGUUAUUUAUAUUGUUUAUUUUGGUCAAUUUCUACAAUAACAACAUUAGGAUAAAAUUUAAUCUAAUUUAGAAAUCGAUCAUUAAUUAUUGUUACUAUUUUAAUUUAGAUAACAAAUAUAAUUUUUAUAAUCUUUUUUGUUAUAAAUAAAUAACAAUAAUUUUAAAAAUUUGAAUAGUUUUCUGAAAAUGUAGAUAUGAUAAAUCAUUAUUUAAAUGAAAAAAAAAUAAGUAAAAGAUUACAAUAAGAAAUUAAGACAAUUUUAUAUAAUAAAUGGGAAGAGAAGUAUCUUAGUAAUCAUGAAUAAGAAUAAUAGAUAUUAUAAUAAUUACCUUAAUAUUUGAAUGAGGAUAUAAAACAAGAAUUAUUUUCAAAAAUUCUAGAUUAGAUUCCAUUUUUUUCAUAGAUAUCUUAGGAAUGUUAUAGAGAAAUAAUUUUAUAAUUAAAAGAAUACACAUUUUCACAUAAUGAAAUUCUUGAUCAAACAGGAUUAUAUUAUUGUUCGAAAGGGAGUUUUGAAUUAUUUUUACCUAAUAGUGUAAAAAUUGAUUCAAAUGAUAAAAAUAAUUCUUUUUAUGGUUUAAAUUAUCUAUUUUAUGAUAAAUAGGAUGUUUGUCAAGCUGUAUGUAUAAAUAAGACACAAUUCAUAUACUUAAGUAGAUACUCAUUUUUGAAAGUAUUGAGGAAGUAUCCAGAUGAUUAUGUAAGAGUGAGAUUUUAUUAAUUAGUAAAUGUACAGAAUGUAAAUGGAGAUGAAUUAAUUAGAUUUAGGAAUUUAAUGUUAUUUAUGUUAGGAUUUAAGACAUAAUUUAGAUUAAUGUCCAUAAAUACAUUUAUUUAUAAAUAAAUUCAAUUUGAUAUCUAAUCAUUUGACAUCAGAAGAUAUGGGAAGAGUCAAACAUAAGAGGAAAAGAGAUAGAAGUACAAAUGCAGUAUUUUCUUAGAGGUUAUUUGAAGAUGCUGCAUCUAUGUUUUAGGAAAUUUUAAUAUAAGAUGAAACAAUUAAAGAAUUCUCAAUAGUUCCAUAAUAAAUAUAAUAGAAUAAUCCAAGAAAGAAAUCUAAAUCAUUGAAUUCAGAUGAAAAUUCUAAAGUUUUGUAAAAGUCUAAUUCUGGCCAUAGUUUGAGUGCUAUUCAAAAACCAUAAGGUUCAGGAUUAUCUUUUAGUACAUUUUCGAUGUUUAAAGAAGUUUAAGGAUAGAGAAAGAUUUCUAAAUAAUAGGACAGUGAUAAAAUUUCGAGCAACUCUUAAAAUAAAUAACAUCAAUCAAGUUCAAAUAGUUUUAAAGAUAUACCAAUAACAAUUAAUAUAGAGGAUAAAAUUGUUGAUGAUUCUAUUUUUACAGUCUAACCUAGAAUAAAGAAAUAAUAAAUAGGAAAAUAAGGGACGACAUCAAUUAAAAUAACUCCACCUAAUGCACCAUUAUAAGCUAUUCCUUCAGUAAGUGAUAUCAACACACUUAAUGAAGACAGUUUUGUUCAUUAAUAUUCUAUGAGUAGCAAAAGAUACUCUUCUCCUUAAAAAAAGGUUUCUUCUAAGGCUACUGUAGAGACUUAAAAAUAAUUUGAAUAAAUGGAGAUACAAAAAAUGGAAUUCGAGUGCCCAAUUAAUUUGAUGCACUAUUUUCCAUAACAUAAUAUUCAUGAAGUAAUAGAAAAAUUCAAACAUAUUCAAACCAGAGAAUUAUAAUGA